AUGACUUCUCGAUUAAUGCCGUCAGCCAGUUCUGGCCGGCGUUGGGCCUCUUUACGCUGCCCUUCAUUGCGCCGAACCCUGACAACCUCGCGAAUUUUCCUUUCGCAAGCCUUCCACUCACAGCUCGAAGAUCCUGCAACUGCCUCAGUCCUUGCGUCAUUGCAGACAGCUAAAACCCCGCAGACGUUGACCGAGAAAAUCGUCCAGAAAUACUCCGUUGGUCUGGCCAAGGAUAAGAUUGUCAAGGCUGGCGACUAUGUCACCAUUUCUCCACACCGAUGCAUGACACACGACAACACUUGGCCGGUAGCCUUGAAAUUCAUGUCUAUCGGAGCUUCCAAGCUGCAUGACCCUAAGCAGAUUGUCAUGACCCUCGACCAUGACGUGCAAAACAAGUCGGAAAAGAACCUGCAGAAGUACCAGCAGAUCGAGGAGUUUGCCAAGAUGCAUGGCGUUGAAUUUUACCCUGCUGGUCGUGGUAUUGGUCACCAAAUCAUGGCCGAGGAGGGAUUUGCUUUCCCCGGAACCCUUUGCGUCGCGUCGGACAGUCAUUCGAACCAUUAUGGUGGCAUUGGUUGUCUGGGUACACCUAUUGUGCGAACUGACGCUGCCAGUGUUUGGAGCACGGGGCGUACAUGGUGGCAGGUUCCACCAAUUGCCAAAGUCACUUUCACCGGUGUCUUACCAGCUGGAGUCACUGGCAAGGACGUGAUUGUCGCCCUUUGCGGUCUGUUCAACAAGGAUGAUGUUUUGAACCAUGCCAUCGAAUUCACUGGAUCUGAGGAGACCAUGCGAAGCUUGCCCGUAGACUAUCGAUUCACUAUUGCCAACAUGACCACCGAGUGGGGUGCGUUGUCCGGAUUGUUCCCUAUGGACGGUGUGCUUAAGGGUUGGCUGAAAGCCAAGGCUACCACGGCUGCUAUGGGUCUGGCUGAGGGUCCUUUCAAGACCCUUGCUGCUAAGCAUUUCACUCAUCCGAUUAUCGAGGAGCUUUUUGCCAACCCUCUGACUGCUGACAAGGGAGCCAAGUAUGCCAAGGAGUUGUACUUGGAUUUGUCUUCGCUUUCUCCCUAUGUCGCUGGGCCAAAUUCAGUCAAGGUCACGACACCUCUGAAGGAACUGGAAGCCGAAAACAUCAAGGUUGACAAGGCUUACCUCGUGUCAUGUACUAACUCCCGUGCUUCUGAUAUUGCGGCGGCGGCUCGCGUCUUCAGGGAGGCGGCAGAAAAGAACGAUGGCAAGGUCCCGAAGAUUGCGGAUGGUGUCAAGUUCUACAUUGCUGCAGCUUCUAUCCCCGAGCAACUCGCAGCUGAAGAAGCCGGUGACUGGCAAGUCCUAUUAGAUGCCGGCGCGACUACCUUACCUGCGGGUUGCGGUCCUUGUAUCGGCUUGGGAACUGGAUUACUUGAGCCUGGCGAGGUUGGUGUCAGUGCCUCGAACCGUAACUUCAAGGGUCGUAUGGGCUCUACUGAUGCUCGCGCUUAUCUGGCCAGCCCUGAAGUAGUCGCAGCAAGUGCGCUUACCGGAAAACUUUCGGGUCCUGGCUGGUAUGAGACUCCCGAGGGUUGGACUGGCGUUCAAUGCGGCGAGGGCGAUGGUAUCCAAGAAGCCGACCGCAUGCUUACCACUGAGGAGGCUCUUGAGAAACUUCUCGGACAGAUGGAUGACCUUGUCGCUGACGGAGAAAAGGAGUUCUUCCCUGAAACUACCGCUGAAGGAGCCGCCUCUUCAGAUGAUGCUUUGACUGAACUUUACCCUGGUUUCCCCGAGCGGGUUUCUGGAGAGAUUGUGUUCUGUGAUGCUGAUAACAUCAAUACUGAUGGUAUCUACCCUGGUAAAUACACUUACCAGGACAAUGUAUCCGUGGAGACCAUGGCUCAAGUCUGCAUGGAGAACUAUGACACUGAAUUCUCUUCCGUCGCUAAGAAGGGAGACAUUCUGGUGACUGGUUUCAACUUCGGAUGUGGUAGCUCUCGUGAGCAAGCUGCUACUGCCAUUCUGGCCAAGGAGAUCCCCUUGGUGGUGGCUGGUAGCUUUGGAAACAUCUUCUCGCGAAACAGCAUUAACAACGCGCUGAUGGGGUUGGAGGUUCCCCGCUUGGUCAGCCGUCUGCGUGAGACCUUUGGCGACAAGACCUUGACCCGCCGGACUGGCUGGACUCUUACUUGGGACGUUCGCCGUAGCCAGAUCGAGAUUCAGGAGGGCGAAAACGGCCCUAAGUGGACUCACAAGGUCGGUGAGUUGCCUCCCAACGUUCAAGAGAUCAUCGCCAAGGGUGGUCUGGAGAAGUGGGUCAAGAACGCUAUUGCAGCAUAG